AGCCCCGCUGCCCCGGGUCACGUGCUCAGCUGCCAUCUUGUCUGUGGCGGCGGCGCGGCCGCCGGGACGAGGUGUGCUGGGGCGGCGCUGCUUCUCGGGGCGUGGCUCUCGUUCUAGCAGAAGGGGCAGUGGAGAGUGCGCCGAAGUGGUGAGAUGGCGGCGUCGGUGCCGGGGAGUGGCGUUAGUGACCAACAUAAAGGGCGGCGGGGCUGCGAGCACUAUGACAGAGGAUGUCUAUUGAAGGCACCUUGCUGUGACAAGCUUUAUACAUGCAGGUUGUGUCAUGACAACAAAGAAGAUCAUCAGCUAGAUCGCUUUAAAGUAAAGGAAGUGCAGUGCAUAAACUGUGAAAAAAUCCAAUAUGCCCAGCGGACUUGUGAAGAAUGCAGCACAGUGUUUGGAGAAUAUUAUUGCAGUAUAUGCCAUCUUUUUGACAAGGACAAGAAGCAAUAUCAUUGUGAAAAUUGUGGAAUUUGUAGUUUGUUUUUCAUAGCACAAUUUAAGGCUUGCAGAUCUCUGGAGGAGGAAGUAACUGCUGACUUUCUGAUUGGUCCAAAGGAAGACUUUUUCCACUGUUUGAAAUGUAAUUUAUGCCUAGCUCUUAGUCUCCAAGGAAAGCACAAGUGUAUUGAAAAUGUCUCCCGACAGAAUUGUCCAAUAUGUUUGGAGGACAUUCACACAUCGCGUGUCGUUGCUCAUGUCUUGCCAUGUGGACAUCUUUUGCAUAGAACGUGUUAUGAAGAAAUGUUGAAAGAAGGCUACAGAUGUCCACUAUGCAUGCAUUCUGCUUUAGACAUGACUAGGUACUGGAGACAGCUGGAUGAUGAGGUAGCACAGACUCCUAUGCCAUCAGAAUAUCAGAACAUGACAGUGGAUAUUCUCUGCAAUGAUUGCAAUGGAAGAUCUACAGUCCAGUUCCAUAUACUGGGCAUGAAAUGUACUCUGUGUGACUCCUACAACACUGCUCAAGCUGGAGGGUGUAGAGCCUCACUGGAUCAGCAGUGACCAGCCUACACUGCACUGGAAAGCUCAGCAUUUUCUGAUGUAGAAAAAGUAUCCUGUUGUAUGUGUCAAAAUCUAUGCUUUAGAGGAGAUAUGCUUUGAACUAGUGUUACAGCAUAAAGGAUUCAGGGUCUUUAUAGAAUAAUCACAGUUCUACAGGGGAUGAAAGCCAGCGAGUUUGUGUCUUCAUUGAAAUUCCUUUGAGAAACUGAUUAUCACUGUAAUUUACAUUCCGAGAAGUAUGUUAUACAUUCGUAAAACUCUGCUGUGACACUCUGCAUGUAGAAUUUGUUUCUAGUUCUUGAUAGAACUACACUCAGCAUUCUCGACUUCUGUGGACUGGCAUAUAAUGAGAAUAUGUUCUCCCUUACUGUUAAAUCUCUUGGGUUGUCAGAAAACCUUUACUCAUUUUUUGCAUAGAAAACAAAAAGAAUAGUCCUGACUUUUCUUAUAACCCAGUAAUCACACAUGCUUUAGAAUUUUCUAAGACAGUCCUUUUGAUCCUGUAAUGUGAAUUUUGAUGUAAUAAAUGCAAAUAAAUAUAUGGAAGCUUUUUAUAAAACUUUUUACAAAUUUA